AUGGCGUCCAUCUCGUUCUUCCUCAUCUUAUUUUGCUUGUCUUUGUUCACUGCAGUGCUUGGAUUAGAAACUGAUGACUGUAAGCCCACCAGUUGCAAGAAACACGGGCCUAACAUUCGAUUUCCUUUCAGGAUAAAAGAGCGAAGCCCGGAAUACUGCGGGUAUCCAGGUUUUGAAGUGUUUUGCGAUGAGAAAAACGAGACUAUGCUUCUACUGCCAUCCUCUGUACAAGUUGCAGUGAAGCGCAUCGACUAUGUUACUCAACAAAUUCAUCUUUAUGAUCCUGAAAAUUGCCUCCCCCGAAAGCUACCACAGCUAAACUUAUUGUCAUCCAAUUCCCCGUUUCGGUUCUUCUCAUAUAACGACCACAAUUAUACCAUGUAUAAUUGUUCUGCACCUUUCGAAAACCGUUGUAUCUUCUGGCUCGACACAAUUCCUUGUCUUGAUGAUUCCAGAUAUCGCAUUUUUGUCCUUGAUAGUUUUAAAAUGCGUUAUUGUUCAUUGGCUUCUUGUACCAAAAUACAUGAAUAUCCAUCUGUUCCCGGUAGGAUGAUUGGUAAAAAUUAUCUUCAUCUCAUGUGGUCUGAACCUGCAUGUGGUGUCUGUGAAGCUCAAGAACAGAGAUGCAAAUCAUCAAGUGCUUUAUUAGGAGGUACUUGCCUUGUUGUGGCAAUACUCGCAGCCCUUAUCCUUCUUUACAUCUCAAUUACAUCAGACAGAGAGAACCACAUCAAGAUCGAGAAGUUUCUAGAAGAUUAUCGAGCCCUCAAGCCCACCAGAUUCUCCUACUCCGACAUCACAAGAAUCACUCGUAAAUUCAGCGAGAAACUCGGCGAAGGAGGCUACGGAACCGUUUACAAGGCCAAACUUUCCGACCAAAUACACGCCGCCAUCAAACUUCUCCACAACUCAAAGGGCAACGGCGAAGAGUUUGUGAACGAGGUCAGCACCAUCGGCAGAAUCCACCACGUCAACAUCGUCCGUCUCAUCGGUUUUUGUGCCGAGGGCUCCAAACGGGCCCUCGUCUACGAAUUCCUCCCCAACGACUCCCUCGAGAAGUUCAUCUUCCGCUCCUCGUCGAGAGCAUCCCUUGGCUGGCCUAAGCUCCGGGACAUUGCCCUCGGCAUAGCCAGGGGCAUCGAGUACCUGCACGUUGGCUGUGACCACCAAAUCUUACAUUUCGACAUAAAGCCGCACAACAUAUUGCUCGACCGGAACUUCGGGCCCAAGAUAUGCGAUUUUGGGCUUGCGAAGCUCUGCUCCAAGGAGCAGAGUGGAGUGACGAUGACGGCUGCUCGGGGGACCAUGGGCUACAUUGCUCCCGAGGUGCUGUCGAGGACUUUCGGGAGGGCUUCGUAUAAGUCGGAUGUGUACAGCUUCGGGAUGAUGGUGCUGGAGAUGGUCGGGGGAAGGAAGAAUAUGGACCCGAACGUGGACACGAGCCAAGUGUAUUUUCCUCAAUGGGUUUACAAUCGUUUGGAUUCGGAUUUUGGGGAGGAUUUCUGGGCUCGGGUGGAGGAAGGGGAGGAUGGGAAUGUAGCGAGGAGGCUGACUAUUGUGGGGCUGUGGUGCGUACAGUGGAGUCCGAACGAUCGUCCGUCGAUGAAAGAGGUUGUUGCAAUGUUGGAAGGAAGUGAGGAGAGUCUCGUGAUUCCUCCGAACCCCUUCAAUCUCAAACCAGACAAUAAAAUGGCGAAUUCGGCAUCCGGAAUCGCGGUGGACGACGAGUGCAAGCUGAAAUUCUUGGAGCUGAAGGCGAAAAGGAACUUCCGGUACAUCGUGUUCAAGAUCGACGACAAAGGGAACCAAGUGAUGGUGGAGAAGGCCGGCGGCAGUGGCGAGACCUAUCAGGAUUUUGCCGGCAGCUUGCCGGGAGACGAUUGUCGCUAUGCGGUGUUUGACUACGAUUUCACGACCGACGAGAACUGCCAUAAGAGCAAGAUCUAUUUCAUUGCAUGGUCACCAGAAAUUGCUAGGGUGAGAACCAAGAUGUUGUAUGCAAGUUCAAAAGACAGAUUCAAAAGGGAAUUAGAUGGGAUUCAGGUGGAGUUACAAGCCACUGAUCCUAGUGAGAUGAGCUUGGACAUCAUCAAGGAAAGAGCUUAUUAA